UGUCCGUCUGGGGGAAGCCUCAUCGCGCGCUCCGGGCCCGCAGCGAACGCACGCACGCGACCCCCGCCACGCCACGAUGCCCAAGAGGAAGGUCAGCCCGGUGGAGGGGGCGGCGAAGGACGAGCCCAAGAGGAGGUCGGCCCGCUUGUCAGCGAAGCCCGCUCCCGCCAAGGUGGAACCCAAGCCCAAAAAGCACGCGGGAAAGGAUAAAGCUUUGGACAAGAAAGUGCAAACAAAAGGAAAAAGAGGAGCCAAGGGCAAACAGGCCGAGGUGACCAGCCAGGACACCAAAGAAGACUUGCCUGCAGAAAAUGGGGAGACCAAGAACGAGGAGAGUGCAGUCUCUGAUGAAGCCGAAGAGAAGGAAGCCAAGUCAGACUAACCAUACAGCAAGUCUUACUGCUGGUCCCUGUCUCCUGUCUUGUACAAUCCAGAGGAAUAUUUUUAUCAACUAUUUUGUAAAUGCAAGUUUUUUUAGUAGCUCUAGAAACAUUUUUAAAAAGGAGGAAUCCCACCUCAUCCCAUUUUUUAAGUGUAAAUGAUUUUUUUUUUUAAGAAGUGAAAUCAUUUGCUGGUUGUUUAUUUUUUGGUACAACCAGAAAACAGUGGGCUAUUGAAUUAGGGGAGGCCUCGGCUGUCUUGGGUGCAGGCUUAACAUAACAUUCCAUAGGUGGGGGGUUAGUUUUCUAUCCUGCAAUACAAAGCAUUAGUAAAUGGCAAUUUUAGAGUC